UUAUUUUUGGUAGCAGAAUCUAUUUUCGCUCCCUGCAUGCACUCUCACAGAUACACACGUCACAGCUAUAUAAAUAGUGUAACAAUCAAACGUGGACUCAACGAUUCUCUCACUCACUAAUACUAAUUCAGCACUCUCAAAAAAAAGAAAGAAAAACGAGGAGCAGAGAACAAUAACGAGAAGCUGCUUCACUACACUGGAAAGAAAAAAUAAAAAAUAAAAAAAUACAUUAGUUUAUUUAUUUCUUAAAUAAUAAAACCUUUUUUUUCUCUCUGCGGUGUUGUUGUCUGCAAUGUAGGUCUGCCGGAGAAUGGCAAAGUGUCACCGGAACAACGUCGGAUCCGUCGUACUCGACCACCGCCACCCUGCCAAGAAUGCUGCCACCGCCGGCCACUUCCGCUGGAACUCCAUCUCCGCCUCCUCCAUCCGCCGGAUCGUUCUCGACGCCGUCAGCUGCGGCACCUCACGCUACGGUUACCAUCAGCGCCACGACGACGACGACGAAGGAUCCAGCUCCGCCGCAACUUCUACAGCGAGUCUGGCCUCCGGCAAGGAAGAGGCGCUGGUGGAGCUGAAGCAAGUGGUGAAGGACCUGCAGCAGGGAGAGGACUUGGCGAAGCGGCGCAUGGCGGCGACGACGGUGAGGUCGCUUGCGAAGGAACGAUCGGAAGUUAGGGGAACGCUCGCUAUGCUUGGAGCUAUUCCUCCGCUCGUCGGAAUGCUCGAUUCCGAAGACGUUCAUUCUCAGAUUGCUUCGCUCUAUGCGUUGCUCAAUCUCGGGAUCGGCAACGAUGCAAACAAAGCAGCCAUCGUUAAAGUUGGUGCUGUUCACAAGAUGUUGAAGUUAAUUGAAUCACCGGAUGCUACUAAUUCAUCAGUUUCUGAAGCAAUUGUUGCUAAUUUCCUUGGAUUGAGUGCUUUGGAUUCAAAUAAACCAAUAAUUGGAUCCUCUGGUGCAAUUCCAUUCCUAGUUAGAACCCUUCAAGAUUUGGAUUACGAAUGUAGCCACCAAGCCAAGCAAGAUGCUCUUCGAGCUCUAUACAAUCUAUCAAUCUUUCCAACCAACAGUUCAUUCAUUUUGGAAACUGAGUUGGUCCCCUUUUUGGUUAGUUCAAUUGGAGACAUGGAAGUGAGUGAGAGAGUGCUUGCGAUUCUAAGCAAUCUGGUUCCAACUCCAGAGGGCAGGAAAGCUAUCAGUGCUGUAAAGGAUUCGAUCUUCAUUCUGGUGGAUGUGUUGAAUUGGACGGAUUCGCCGGAGUGCCAAGAGAAGGCGUCAUACAUUUUGAUGAUUAUGGCACACAAAUCCUACAGCGACAGGCAGGUCAUGAUUGAGGCUGGGAUUGGAUCAUCGCUGCUUGAAUUGACCCUUCUUGGUUCCACAUUGGCACAGAAAAGGGCCUCAAGGAUCUUGGAAUGUUUGAGGACAGACAAAGGGAAACAAGUUUCUAGAAGCUAUGGUCGAGGAAGCUUGGGGGCCGAUAUCUCUGCGCCUAUUUUCAGCGCGUCGCCAUCUUUUACGAAGGCUUCAGGUGGAGGAGGUAAAGGCUAUUUGGAGGAAGAGGAGGAGGAGGAAGAUACGAUGAGUGAGGAGAAGAAAGCAGUGAAGCAAUUAGUCCAACAGAGUUUGCAAAACAACAUGAGGAAAAUUGUCAAGAGGGCCAACUUGCGUCAAGAUUUUGUUCCAUCCCAGCAUUUGGCUUCACUUACUUCAAGUUCAACUUCUAAGAGCCUGCCAUUUUAACCAACUAUAGAUGCUGAGAACCAUGAAAGAUAGCCUUCUCAUUGUAGUCUUUUUUUGAGCUUUUUGGUUUUGUAGAUUGUUUGUCUAAAUCUUAAAUAAUAAUAAUAAUAAUAAUAAUAAUAAUAAUAAUAAUAAUAAUAGUUGAAAUACUUUUCUGUUCUUUUGUUUCUUAGGAGCAUGUGCUAAACGCUAACAAUAGAUUCUAUUAUGGCUUGAAAACUGAAAAUUUGAGGUUGCUUCACUCAUACAACUGCUACAACUACAAGCAUCCAUACAAUGAAGGAUCAAGGAAUCACUUUCCAACCGUAA